CCAGCGGAGACUGAAGGAUCAUUUGGAGAGCUCCAGUCCCCCGGAGAUGCGAUGGAGACCUCCAGUGUGCCGAGCACCGAUGCGUCCACAGUCGCGCUCAGCCGACUUCAUAACUUCACGGAUGAUGUCGUCAAUUUCUCCGAGGAUCGUGGCGGCGUCUAUGAGAGCCCUUCUAUGGCUCGGUUGCGCGCCACUGAAGUGCCGUUGUCUGUGGUGGUCAGCACCCUCAGGACUGCCUUGACUCCAGCGGGGCUAUUGGCCGGUCCAUUCUCCCCAUCCGAAGAGCCCACUCACUUGAUCAUCGCGUUCUGGGAUUCGCCCUUGAGUCACGGAAUUAACGUGUUUGUUGGAUUUGUCCUGUGCUUCACUAUGCUUGGGCUUGGCUGCACAGUGGAGAUCAGUCAGAUUGGCGAGCACAUUCGCAAACCCAUAGGAGUUCUGCUGGCGCUGGUGUGCCAGUUUGUUAUCAUGCCCCUGAUUGCCUUCCUCCUGGCUCUGGCCUUCUCCCUAAACGAUGUGGCCGCUAUGGCUGUACUGCUGUGUGGCUGCUGCCCUGGGGGCAACCUGUCCAACAUCAUGUCACUGUUGGUCAAUGGAGACAUGAACCUCAGUAUCAUCAUGACCAUCUCAUCCACUCUCCUAGCACUCGUGCUCAUGCCGCUGUGUCUGUGGAUGUACAGUCGUGCGUGGAUCAACACGCCCGUGGUAAACCUGCUCCCCUUCGGUGCGAUCAUUCUCACCCUCUGCAGCACGCUUAUUCCUAUCGGACUCGGGGUCUGGCUUAGACACAGAUACACUCGAGUAGCUGACAUCAUCCUUAAGGUGUCUUUGUGGUCUCUCCUGGUCACUCUGUUGAUGCUUUUUAUCAUGACUGGAACUAUGCUGGGACCAGAGCUACUGGCCACCAUCCCUGCCUCAGUCUACCUGGUGGCAGUGUUCAUGCCCAUGGCUGGCUAUGCAUCAGGAUAUGGCCUGGCAAUGCUUUUCGAUCUCCCCCCCAACAGCCGAAGGACAGUGUCUUUAGAGACUGGAUGCCAGAACGUGCAGCUCUGCACUGCCAUCCUGAAGCUGGCAUUCCCGCCACAGCUGAUGGGAGGCAUGUAUAUGUUUCCUCUGCUCUACGCGCUCUUCCAGGCAGCCGAGGCUGGCAUCUUCGUUCUGGCUUACCGCAUGUAUAGGAAGGAGGUAUUACAUAAACAGGACCUAAUGGAGGAUGAUGAUGAUACAAACAUAAGCUACAGAAGAAUGAAGGAAGAAGAUGUGCCGUUUGAUUCAACGUAUGGUGCAGUAACAGUGAGCGACCCCAAUGUCAUCAUGCUAGAGUCACAGGAUGUUGUUGGAAGCCCCACGCCUGUAUAAGGGGCUAAAACAACUGACUUGCUACUCACUAUGUACAAUGGACCUGCGUGAUAUGUAUAUACAUUAAGAAUUCUUCAUGUCAUCACUCACAGUUGAAUUUCUAACUACUCACUCACAGCAUUCUAAUGAAUAUGUGCCAAAAAAUAAUGCAAGAUUGUCAAAAUGGAAACUAAUGUUGUGCCAUCACACAGCAAUAUAAAAGUUAAAUAUCCAAGUCAGAUAUUACCAAGAUGGUAAACUUGAUGUUCAUGCAGAUUAGAAAUAUGCGGCUAGUAGGCCUACCAUUCAAUGACAUUUUCUUUCAUCAGCAUAAAUUAUAAUGCCAAAUUUAAAUGCAAAUGCUGGGAAAGAUUUCUCAAAUAAUUAUAAACAGAAUGGUAAUAGGUUUAGACACAAAAUACCUUAGUGACGUGCUCUUUUUUAAAAUGCAGGUAAAAAAAUAUUGUAGAAAGGUGUCCAUCAUAAUUUUAUUUUUACACCUAUAUUAUAUUACUGAAAACAAAAAUCAGUUCAUUUUAGCUCCCCUUGUUGCAUUAUAAGCCGUUUGCCAAUUUUUUUUGAAAAACACUUAUUUUAAAGGCAUUUAUGUUUAAAUCCCUGAUAAAUGGGCUAGUGAUUCUUGUCACAGAUCAAAGGUCUGAAGUACAAGUAAUGUAACUAAAAAAGCAUUUUUAUGUAUUCACAAAAAAUAAAAAUACAAAAUAGUCCAAUAUACAAUAGUGUCAUAUUUACAUAUAAUGCAAAAAGGGAUGCUGGAGUCAACUGAUUUUAGUGAUAGUAAAACAAUUAUAAAAUACAAUUAUGAUGCUGCCACUUUUAUUGAUCCAUGGAAUUUAAUAUUUUUGUUUUCACCAUAAUUUAUGUUUAUCUUUUACCAGUAAAAAAAAAAUUAUCUAAAAAGAAAUUGAGCCAGGUACCUCUGGUUGAGCUGACACAGAAUGACCCUUCAUUAAUUUCGUCAUUCGUUCAUUAAAAAAAAAAUGUAACGGGGAAAGACACUUCGAAAGUGUCACAGAGGUCUGCAAAUCAUAAGCCAUUAAUAUAGAUUGAUGCUGCUGUCUGUAAAUGAAUCCUGCUAUUCCCUCAGUAAAAGGAUUACACUGGCUUAUUUGAUUGUGUUAAUGUGCACCCAGAGGAAGCUAGGGCUAAUUCACAUUCCAUAUGGAUUUCAUCUUAUAUUGCACUCUUAUCCCACUGUCUGUCUCUUUUUUGGUUCCAAAACUGGGAAAAUUAUGGAGUUUAACAUUGCUUUGAAAACAUGAUGUGGCAAAUACCAAAGACUACAAGAGCAUGUGAGAGCCUAUGGCAAUUCAAUAGAUAUAUUGAUUCUACAAAAAUAUUAUCAUUUGUAAAUUUCCCUCUGAUAAUAA